AUGGGUGGAAGUGGUUCUCCCAGGAAUAAUAACACUAAUAACAGAACAUUGUUAUCCACCCAACUUCCAUCUACUUCCCAACAGCAGCAACAACAACCAGCUUCCUUUCAAUCCAUAUAUUUGCAAAGAACAGCAUCUUCCAUGCAACAUCAACAGCAGCAUUCCUCAAUGCCAUCACCCAACAAUAUCUUGUACCAUCCACAACAACAACAACACUUUUCGGCAACUCUUAACAAUCAAGGCUUUCCAGAAGGAGCAAACCCCACCAUGAUAGGCAGUCAAUCUAUUAAACCUGGCAAUCCUGUUACCUCUCUAGAAUUAUCUAAUGCGAAUCGUGUCGUUGACUUGUCCAUCCAGCAAUUACUUCAACUUUCUCCAUCAAAUAAUAAUAAUAACAAUAACAAUACCUCAACACUGCCUGUUGCAUCAUCAUCAUCAGGUGCCUCUACUUCUGCUACUAUCAAUAAUAAUAAUUUGAAUACCAACUCUUCGACACUAUUGAUGCAACAACAACACCAGCAUGCCUCAUCAUUGUUCCAAUCCAUGUUUAAUAAUAACACUGUUUCAACUAACAACAACAGUGGUGCAUCAAACUCUAACAAUCAUUUACAGAUGGUGAAUGGCAAUCAUACAUCAUCACCAUCUCUUAGUUUUAAUAACAAUAACAACAAUACUGCAGCCACUACAAUAACAAGCACCAAUUCAGUGACAUUCCACAACAAUGCAAAUAAUGAUACAGAAGCCAUGCUAAGACUACUCCUGAAUAAUCCAUCUCUUCUCGAAGGAGCUUCGCCUUUCGAUAUGCAACAUGUAGUAGUGGGUAAUAAUAUUAAUCCGAACAUGCAACAACACCAAACAAACACCAAUUUUGAAGCAAACAUAAUGACAGAGAAUGAUUUGAACCACAUGGGAAAGGAUUCAAAUGCUUCUUCGAUGAACAUGGCUGCUGCCAAUGGAAAUGGCAUGCAACAAGGAUUUAAUCAGUCGGAGCACUUUAGUUUUUCAGACAUAUUCGACAUUCCACACACCAUGAGGUCUUCUUCUCCUAUUUCUUCUCAUAGUUCAUCAGAGUCCUCAUCAACAUGUUCGAGUAACGAAAAGCUCGAAGCUAAUGCUGCAGAUGAACCAUCAGAAAAGAAGAAGGGCAGAAGGAGAAGUGACAGUGGUGGUGGAAAUCAAGAAGAAACAACCACCAAAAGAAAACGAAGAAUUAAGGACAGGUUAAUGUGGUCUGAUGAAUUACAUCAACACUUUGUACAAGUGGUUGAGAGUUUGGGAGUUUACGAUGCAAGACCAAAGGAAAUUAAAAAGAUUAUGAAUGUGGACUUUCUCACAACCACACAUAUCAAAUCCCACUUGCAAAAGUAUAGAACCCACUUGAAAAAGAAGGCACAACAAGAGGGCGUUCAUCUUCCUUCAUUAAAAAGAUCAUUGGGUAGUUCCAGCUCACUAACCAAAUCAAAGAGGAAACCAAAGAAGAAGAAGAAUGAUGAUAAGGAAGAAAAUCCAACAACAACAACGACCUCAACUGCUAAUAUUCCAUCUGUAACAGCAGCAACCACAACAACCAGCAGUAUUACUGCUUCUAAUCAAGUAUCUGCAUCAUCUAUUCCAAAUACUUCCAAUGUAUCAUUACCACCACCAUCAACAUGCAGCUCUGCACUACCACUGAGCAUAACGACAAAUGGAGUAGUGAAUACUGCUACAAAUGGUAAUCCAAUGAAUAAUCAAAAUAGGACAAAUAGCCCGCCAGGUAGCUCUCAAUUAUUCGAUCCAAGUUACUUGUCCAGACUUCUUGCCAAUUUGGAUAAACCUUUGGGUACAAAUAAUAAUACGCAAAAGGUAUCACCAGUUGCCAACAAUUAUCAAAAUUUGACACCACCAUCACCAAAAUCAGCAACUACAGUACCACUCUUUGUACAACAACAACGAAGAAAUUCAGAAUACUCUACCAAUUCAAAUUCAAUUUCUAAUCACAGCCAAUUGCAGGUUAAUAAUGCAAUGAAUAUCAAUUUUGGAAAUAUUCAAUCAGCCAUGUUACAAACAAAUAAUGGCAAUAAUUUUCAGCGAGUUAAUGAAAAUAACAAUCAACUAGGAUUUGUAAACAAUAAUUUUGUAACAAUAAUGGAUAACAAUCAAAAUGUUCAACAACAACAAUCUCAACAACAAAAUAAUGGUUCCACAAUGAGAUCAAAUCCAGCCCUCGUAGAAUACUUGACAAUAUUGAGAAAUAUCUGCAGUACUGAAAAGGAUUUUGCUGAUCUAUUCCAAAAUAUUCAAUCACAAAUAAGAGAAGCUAGGGAUAUGGAUCUUGUUGUGGAGGGCUUUAGGUUGGGAUUUCUAUGUGGACAUCGAAUUAAACAAAAUAAUAAUAGUAAAUAA